AUGACUGUCACGUCCCUUCCGCAGCCGGGGCCAGAUGCACAGACGGCGUCAGCCCAGCAGGCGGGGUCGGCUGAACCGGCCCCUGCCGGCCGUCUGCUGGACCCGGCGGCACUUCUCCUGCUGGUGGUGGGGCUGGCCACCCGACUCUACCAGCUCGACAUGCCCCGGGCAGUAGUGUUUGAUGAGAUGCAUUAUGGCAAAUACGCCGCUUACUACUUGAAGAACUUGUUUUUCUUCGACUCCCAGCCUCCACUUGGCAAGCAGCUGCUAGCUUUCGGCACUUACCUGGCCGGCUUUGACGGCGAGUUCGUAUUCGACAGGAUCGGCACGCCGUACCCGGACUCAGUGCCGAUCUUGAGGAUGCGACUGCUGCCGGCGGUGGUCGGCUCGCUGCUGCUGCCCGCCACCUACCACCUGCUGCGCGAGCUGGGUGUCUCGCGCCGCGCCGCCGUCCUGGCCGGCAUCCUCAUGCUGCUCGAGAACGCGCUGCUGACCCAGUCACGGUUCCUGUUCCUCGAGCCGUUCCUGCUGCUGUUCUCCGUGCUGGGCCUGCUGGGCCUGGCGCGGGGCCGCCGCUGCGGCGGACGUCUCUCACUUGCCGCGCUCGGCUGGAUGGUGCUCGGCUUUGGCUUCCUGGGCGCCGCCACCGCGGUACGGUACUCGGGGCUGAUGCCGCUCCUGCUCGGCUGCGUGAUCGUGUACCGCGACUUCUGGACGCUGGUGCCGCGCCGUGACGUCAGCGGCCGUCAGCUGGCGGCUCAGCUGACCGUCCGCUGCCUGGUGAUGGUGGCCGUGCCGACGGCCGUCUACCUGGGCAGCUUCUACGCCCACCUGAGCGUGCUCUACAAGGCAGGGAGCGGACACGAGGGCGUCAUGACCAGCGCAUUCCAGGCGAGCUUGGAGGACGGGCUCGCCAACAUCGUCAAGAACCAGCCGCUACUGGUAGGACACGGCUCCCAGGUGACGCUACGGCACGCGCUCGGCCGGCCCUGCUGGUUGCACUCGCACGACACGCCCUACCCGGCGGUAUACGACCACGACGACGAGGACCGCAACUCCUCGAGCCAGCAGCAGGUGUCCUGCUUCUCCGGCAAGGACGUCAACAAUUGGUGGAUCGUCAAGGAUCCCGACACUAAGGACCUUCGAGUUCAAACUCCAUUCCAGCCUUUCAAGCAUGGCGACAUCGUUCAACUAGUACACGGCCUGACCGGCAAUCACCUCAACUCAAACGAAUUCAAGGCUCCAUUGUCGAGCAGUGAACAGGAAGUGAGCUGCUACACGAAGGUCAACGCCUCGCUGCCCGUGCAGGACUUGUGGAUGGUCCAGCUGGUCAAUCCGAAGGAGACGGACGGCGUGUGGCAUGCCAUCAGCUCGCAGGUGAGGUUUGUCCACACGAACGACGGUUUGGCGCUGAAGUACUCGGGUCGCAAGCUGCCCAAGUGGGGGCACAGCCAGCAGGAGGUGGUCUGUGACAAGGUGAUCAACCAGGACGACACGAUCUGGAACGUCGAGGAGCACCGCUACGGCCAGGCCGAGAGCAGCGCCGAAACGGAACGCCAGAUGGACCUGCUUGCCAGCGACCUGAUCCCCGUCACCGCCAUGGACCUGUCCUUCUGGCGCAAGUUUUACGAGCUGCAGCUCAAGAUGCUCUUCAACAACCAGGAGGUGGUGCAGGGCCACACGUACGCCAGCGACCCGUUCGAGUGGCUGACAAUGGCGCGCGGCGUGGCCUAUUGGAUCAGUCCGCACAGUAACGCCCAGAUCCACCUGCUGGGUAACGCGGCCGUGUGGGCGGCGGCCAGCGGCGCCCUCUGCCUAUACGCUGGUCUGGCGCUGGUCUACCUGCUGCGGCGCCGCCGGGGCUGCUACGACAUCCCCGACGCUGAGUGGACCAAGAUGUGCACCAUCUGCCAGACGAUCUUGGCGGGCUUCGCCUUCAACUACGUGCCGUACUUCGUCAUUGAUCACACGUUCUUUCUUCAUCACUACAUGCUGGCCUACAUAUUCGCCGUGAUGAUCACUGCAUGUGCCGUCGACCACCUGUAUUUCAUCGCCGACCAUCUGGGCUGGCGGCCGCUGCGCCACCUGCUGACGCUGUGCCUGCUGGCCUGGCUGGCCGCCUGCGUCUACACGUUCGCCGAGUUCAGCGUCCUGUCGUAUGGCACGACCGCGCUCUCUGCUGGGGACGUGCGCAGCCUGAGCUGGCGCACCUCCUGGGACCUGAUCGUGCACAAGAAGUGAUGCCGCCACGGCGGAGGCGCGGCUCAGUGGAGAGUCGGACCGCCGCGGGCGCUGGGAGACGCUGACGCGCCGGGCGACCGGCGAGGCGCCGGCACCACCUGGAGAAGUCGCGUUCUGUCGCGGAACGUGACGCACGCGCAACGUUUGUUACUGUCACCUGCUGUUCGAGUCUCAUGCCAGCUACUACAGAACUGAAUAUAAAAAGUGGUGCCAUAAUAUUUCAGAGGGCAUCGUGGAUGCUUUGUAUGCGUUAUCCAGCCGUACGUUUGAUAUGAAAGCAAUACAAAAUGGGCAUUGCUAUCA